AUGACGUUCCAGGUGGUAGUGCUGGGAUCCUCAGGAGGACCGAUAGAUAGAGGCACCUGCUCUUAUCUGGUGCGUGGCAGCGAUGAGGAACGCAAUGCAACGACGACAUCGACAAAAGCCGAUGAUGCAACAGGAACUUACAUUGCAGUCGACGCGGGCUGCUUUCUGUCGGGAAUCAUCAACGUGCUCGAAAAACAGCAACUGCUAACUCCCCGAGAAUACCAACAGGAACUGCUGGCCGAGUCCAUUGCGCCGCAGCCUCCUCACUCACAACGCUCCUGGAACAUCGCGUACCCCCCAUUCGACGCUCAGAGCCUUCCCUACGGCGGACCCACAGCAAAUGCGGCCCACAUAUUGUCCCUGGUCUCGACAAUAUGCAUCACUCAUCCUCACCUCGACCACAUCUCGGGCGUGAUCAUGAACUCGGCUGCCUUUUCUCCACAACAAACAAAACGGUUGGCAGGCUUGCCACGGGUCAUUCAGGCCCUCAAAGAUCACGUGUUUAACGGUGUGAUCUGGCCAAACCUCACCAAUGAAGGAGUUGACGCUGUACAUCUGGUUCAACUUCUGCGCUUGUCAGAACACCUAAGCUCUCCAAAUUUGGCCCAGGGGCUCACAGUGACGCCCUAUGCAGUCUCCCAUGGCCACAUUCUGCGUCCAGCGCACCAGACACAUACUUCUUCAGGUCACCACCAGCCGUUCAAACCGUCCUUUAGCAUUCGAUCCUCGGAACCCUCUGAACCCCACAGAGGCUCUCGUAGAAUGCCCUCCAGUGUCAUUCCACCAGACUCCGUCAUCGAAAUGCGCCGUCAGAGCUUGAUGAUGGAAAAACGCCAACUUCGGGCGUCAAUCGCCUCUGCCUCUUCGCAUCUCCACUCCCCCACAUCUCCCUCGUUGGUUCCUCAUCGCAAAUCUAGCGGUGGUACGUCUUCGGCAAGCUCAGUCGGCUCGGUAAGCCCCUCCAGCUACCCUACAUCCAAUCCAACCUCGCAUCCAACCCCAGGACCUCCUCUGGGAACGUCUCUGGCAUCUUACGACUCAACAGCCUUCUUCAUCCACGACAGCAACACAAACAGGGUGCUGCUCAUGUGGGGCGACGUGGAACCAGAUUCCAUCUCGUACACGCCGCGGAACUACCUCGUGUGGCGAAAGGCAGCUGAAUACAUGCAGCAGGGGCUGCUGGCGGGCAUAUUUAUCGAGUGCUCGUUUGCCAACCCACACGACGACGCUCUUCUCUUUGGUCACUUUUCCCCCCGCCACCUGAUUGCCGAACUUAAGUACUUUGCAUCAAUGGUGGAGGGCAGUGAAGAGGACUUCCAUGCUAUGGUGGGAUGGGAAGAACUUCAUGAGACCAACGAGUUGGACGUGGAAAACAUGGACGAGGAGGUGUCGAUUCCGGUCCCCAAACGCAUCCCUCAGACACACGCACAUCAUCCACACCAACCGCCUCCAGAUCUGCACUUGAAGGGUCUUCCUGUUGUUAUCACGCACGUAAAGGAGGAUAUUUACAAUGAGGAUCCCGAAAACGAUCCUCGGAAAGUGGUUUUGGAGGAUAUAAUCGGCCUGGCCAAGAUUGAGAGCAUUGGCUGCGACUUCAUAAUCGCCACUCCCGGGCUGAGUUUGCAGUUGUAG